GGGCUCCUAUAAACAUGCUCUUGACUCUCCUCCUCAGGCAGAACCACCUGGUGGGCCCGCACCGUCCGCUGCAGGACACCAGCAUGCUUUUUCAGACAGGCUGCUGCUGCUGAGCAUCUGUGCCGUUAAAGCUCCGUGAAGCGGCGCGCGCCUCUGUUGAAACCCCGCGGACAAACUUUCCCCCCCUGAAGCCCGACGCGCUCGGCGAGGUGCGAGCGAGAGCUAAACCAGCUUGACCACUGCGGCACUGGCUCACCCUCUCAGCUGGACCCAUGGAAUACUAACUAUGGAAUACCUCUGGAUUCUGCUGUUUGUGUUUUUACAGCUCAGCUUCCACCCAGGCAACACCAAGCCCACUAUCAUCCCCAACCAGACCCAACUCGUCGUCCCACUCAACCAUCCCCUCGACCUGCGAUGCAAGAGUGAAAACAAGACACAGUGGUGGCGAGAAAACCGGCAAAGACCUCUUAAAACAACGCAAAUUGAUGGGAUGCGGAGAGUAUUUCACCUCAAAGCUCUGAGUGUCCAUAGUGGCCGUUACCUGUGCCGGGAUGAGAAGUCCAGCGAGGAAGCCUCCAUCUUCGUCUUCGUGAAAGAUCCGGAGAAUCCCUUUAGAAAAUCAGCGAUAAACAGCAUUCUUAUUCGUGAGGGAAACAACGCUGCCAUCUCAUGCCUUGCAACUGAUCCAACUAUGCUCAACUUAACUUUGGAAAUGUGCUCCGGAGAAGCCCUCCCCGCUGGUCUCCAGUAUUCUACGAGCCUGGAGCAAGGGAUCAUCAUCCACAAUGCAAAGCUGACUUACAGAGGAUGCUAUGUGUGCACAGGGACGCUCGAGGGAAGAGCCGUCAAAUCAGAAAAAUACUCCCUGACAGUCAAGAAAGUCCCCUUAGGUCCUCCUGAAAUUCAGAUGCAGCAUCCCAGGAGAAUCAUUCUAACUCGAAAUGAAAAUCUGUUCAUCACCUGCAAUGCCACCAAUGUCAACGGAGAGUUCACAGUGAAUUGGGUGGCACCACCUGGCUCGGGUGCCAUCUGGUGUCCACAGCAACCAGCAAAGGUUGAUGGCGAUGCACGUAUCCUGACGAAGGACUACACUCACGCCCGCAGUGUCACGCUGAAAAUAGAGUCCGUGCGUCCACAGGAUGCUGGGAGUUACAAAUGCGAAGCCGGAAACGAAAAAGGGAACAGCACGAUGUCCGUGUGGCUGGACGUUUAUGAACGGGGUUUUAUCAGCUCAGCAGAAAUCCACAACAGAACCUUCCACAUCCGCGCCGGCGACAGUUUGUCUCUGAACGUUAGCAUGGAGGCGUAUCCGAAGCCGCACGCCGUCUCCUGGAGCUUCAUGGGCGAGAAGCUCAGAAACACCAGCGACCACGUCAUCACCACGCACAGCAGGGACUACAGCUACGUCAGUGAGUUGAGGCUGGUGCGGCUCAAAUCGACAGAAGGUGGCAUUUAUACCUUCGAAGCCUCCAACGGCGACGCGGCGGUAAAGCAGAACUUCUCCGUGUUUGUUAUCAGUAAGCCUGCGAUCAUAGACCAUGGGGGCCCGGUGGACGGACAGGUGCGCUGUGUGGCUGAAGGCUACCCUGCCCCCCAGAUCAAAUGGUACUACUGUGAGAAGCACGUCAGGUGCUCCCAGCAGAAGAACGCCACCCAGGAAGAGCGCGGCGUCAUGACCAUCAUGUCGGAAAGCACCAGCUUCGGGAAGAGGGUGGAGAGCUGGGUCAACGUCAGAAGACGGUACAGUACUCUGGAGUGCGUCGCCACCGGGGACGGAGAGCAAGCCUUCAUACUGUUUUCUAUCACGGAGGAAAGGCAUGAUCUGUUCACUCCUCUCCUAAUUGGCUUCAUAUCAGCAGCAGGCGUCCUCUGCCUCAUUGUUAUCCUGCUGCUCUACAAGUACAUGCAGAAACCCAAAUACCAGAUCCAGUGGAAAGUCAUUGAGGGAAUCCACGGCAACAGCUACGUGUACAUUGACCCCACGCAGCUGCCCUACAAUCACCAGUGGGAGUUCCCACGGAACAACCUGCGUUUCGGGAAGACAUUGGGAUCUGGGGCAUUUGGGAAAGUGGUGGAGGCCACGGCGUAUGGACUCUCCAACGCUGACUCGGUCAUGACGGUGGCGGUGAAAAUGCUUAAAUCAAGCGCUCAUGCCACGGAGAAAGAGGCUCUGAUGUCAGAGCUAAAGGUCCUCAGUUACUUGGGAAACCACAUAAACAUCGUCAACCUGCUGGGAGCCUGCACUGUGGGAGGACCAACGCUGGUCAUCACAGAAUAUUGCUGCUUUGGGGACCUUCUGAACUUCCUCCGGAGAAAGAGAGAGUCUUUCAGCACCUGUGAGCUAAAGGAGAACUAUUUCUACCGCAACUUCAUACAAAAAAGAGCUGCAGAUGGUGACAGCUUGAAUGGCUACAUGAGCAUGAGGCCUUCUGUCGCUGGCAACUCACCGUCGAGCUCGUCCUCGGAGCGGAGACAGUCACUACGCAAAGGUGGCCUGUACCUCGAAGCUGACGCAGACGGCGAGAUGUUCGAUGAGGACGAUUUGUCUCUGGACACCGAGGAUCUCCUCAGCUUCUCGUAUCAAGUGGCCAAAGGCAUGGAGUUCUUAUCCUCCAAAAAUUGUAUUCACAGAGACCUCGCCGCCCGGAACAUCCUGCUGACUCAAGGAAGAGUGGCAAAGAUCUGUGAUUUCGGCCUGGCGAGGGACAUCACCACAGACUCUAACUACGUCGUCAAGGGCAACGCCCGCCUGCCGGUGAAGUGGAUGUCCCCAGAAAGCAUUUUUGAGUGCGUGUACACGUUUGAGAGUGACGUGUGGUCCUACGGCAUCUUGCUUUGGGAAAUUUUCUCACUGGGAAACAGUCCGUAUCCUGGUAUGCCUGUGGACGCCAAGUUCUACAAACAGAUAAAAGAAGGAUACCGGAUGGACGCACCGGAGUUCGCACCCAGCGAAAUGUAUCAGAUCAUGAGCUCCUGCUGGGAUGCGGACCCCUUCAAGAGACCCCCCUUCAUGAAGGUGGUUGAGAGCAUUGAGCAACAGCUGUCGGAUGCCACUAAACAUAUUUAUUUGAACUUCAGUUCCAGACUCCCUGUGUUGCCUAGAGCGAGGGAGGAAUCCAGUUCUCAGAGCACAGCAACUCUCGGCUCGUUCUCAGCCAGCAGUAAGAGCGCUCCAACGCAGCCCUUGCUGGUUCAGCAUGAAGUCUUCGUGGAGGGGACAAUCCUUCAGGCCCAGUGGGUGUAAGGAACCGCCGGACUUGUUUGGCUGCCUCAAAGUGCCUGUGAUGUUUCGCCACAAAUCAUCCAAACCACUACUUUUCGUCCGCCUCCCUCUCCUGAAUCCCCCGGUUACCAGCGAAGGUUGCUGUAAGAAGAGUGAGCGCCGCCUCUCGCAGGAGAGAGCGCGUCCGUGGAUAAACGGCUUUUAUCUUUGCGAUCGCUGUUCUUGCCUGCUCAGUGCUGGGAGGACACUUGGACUAUUGCUCCCAAUCUCCAGAACUCUGAAGGCACCACUGAGGGUGGGGCGGCCGUCACACAUUACUCAUUAUGUUAUUACACUGUUACAUUGGUUGGUUAUUUUACACUUUUUCAUGUCUCCUUUACAUUUCAUUAAAGUUGUUUCAUCAUUUAAGUUUUUUUUUUCAAGGUGAGGAUGGGGGGGGAUUAGUCCACAUUAUAGCAGAUGUCUUCUUUUUCUUUUUACGUUUGGUGUUGUUGUUUUGGUUAUUUUCUGUUUUUUGUUUUUUUCUGUCAUGGAGCGUCGUUUGCGUUUUUUCUUUCCUUCUUUCCUUCUUUCUUUUUGACUGUUGCAGUUGUAGGGUUGGAAAAGAAAGCACUUGAGGCACUUAAACUUUUCUUUAUUCCAUACAUCACAUGAUGCAAAUAAUACAACUUUUUUCUUUUUAAAAAAAAAUCCCUUUCAUUGUCAGUAUUACUUUCCAACUGUGCAGAUCUAUGCUGUAUAAAGAAGAUACUUUUGGGGGCCAAUUUCAAUUGAGAUACAAUGACACGGAUACUUCUAUAUAAGCUACUAGGCGGCAUGGUCGACGACGACAUAUCCAUAAGUGCUUCGAGUUCAUUAGGAGGCAGAUCCAGGACGACAGCACCUAAAAAGCAAACGACUUUUGUGACUUUCGUUAGCAAAUACCAUGAUCAGUGCAUGACUGCAGCUACAGCAUAGAUACAGAUAUGCUACGCGACCCUUUAUGCUUCGUUGCGUUGCCGACAGCUGGACUGCGAGAGGUCUCAAUCUCUUGUAAAGAUGUAUAUAACUGUUUUCUCCCGCAUCUCCCGCUGUUUAUAUGUUUACAAGCGUGAGGUAGGUACUGCCAUUUCUCAGACGUGUUUUCACAGCUUUCCCCCAACCCUCCUCCAAUCCGUCGGUUUGGAAACAGUUUUUUGUUUGUUUGUUUGUUUGUUUUAACCAACUCAGACUGGUGUGUCACCCCAUGCUAGCAGUGUAGUGCUCCAACUAAGACAAGCUGAACCUCAUGUGAUAUGCCAUUAAGUGGAUUGCAGUAUUCCCUGAGGUGACAGGAGCGAGAGGGAAAAGAAGAAAACAACACAGGCUCUUUCUUAGCUCUGCGUUCAGAAGGUGACACUCGGUGCAGAACUUAUUGUGUUUGGCCGUCUCAUUGUUCUCCGGCCAGUAGCUGGUUUCCUUGCCGUCCCUCUCGUCAUCUUCUUCUUCUUCUUUUUUUUUUUUUUUUUUUGUCGUCCAGUUGUUUCCUCUGUCGGAACAGGGGGGGGGGGGUUUCAGCGCCUCUCAGCCAGUCGUCUGGAGCGGUCCCGGCAUCUCUCCCAGCUGUGGGUGUUGUUCAGAGGAGUGGAAAGUGUCCUGUUUGCGUGUGCUAAGUGUGUCUGUGCGUGCGCGAGUUUCAAAGAGUUACUGUCAAGAGGUGCCACUACUACAGAUUCAUCUAGCUUACUAAAGACCCCACAGUCUUACUGCUCUUGUCUUUUUGUAAAUACAUACGUGCGUAUAUUACAAAGUAACGUCAGUACUUUGGAAGAUGUUUAUGCUAAUGAAGAAGCGGUACAGUGAUACAGAAAUUAUUAUGCUUUAUUUUCAUAUAGGUGCACAGAUAUCCCUAUAUAGAUUCAACCAGAGAAUCUGCAUGUUGCUCUUCUUUCUAUGACGUUAUUAACAGAAAGGAUUUCAUUUUGGCCAAUUCCAAUUGUUUGCUGCACUUUGCAAGUUUACUAGUUUCCUCCAGUGACACUGCUCCAAAUGGUCAGAUCUGAUCAGGAAGCUUUGAAUAUGACAAAAUUAUAGAAUUGGGAAAGGAGCCUUCUUGAAUACCAGACUAUUUUUCAUUCGACUGCUUGCUGCAUUUCCCCAGUGUAUUUAUUGAAAGCUUUAAAGUUACUGUGUAAAUCUGAAAUGUUGCUAUUACAAGUGUCAAUGUAAAUAAAAUUGUGUAUAUUGAACUCUCA